AUGGACACUUCCGACGGCCCCCCUGAUCAAGGGUCGGACCACGACAAGAUGACAUGUCGUGAGUCUGGUUCGGGCUCGCAGAUUCUCACGCCGAAACUCAACCCCACACAGCUUCCGAAACCUUCCACUCCGCCAAACCAGGGCCGAUCCUGCAACUCUGCCGACUCUUCAGAAAUCACCGCCAUCUCGCUCUCCUCGCCACCGCUCACUCCGCCGCCCCGGGUCAUCCGCCGUCUGACUCCCCUGGGCAAGUUCAGUCCUCGAAAGUCCGCCAGCUCCAUAGACGAUGACAUCCAGUCCCACACCACCCGAAGGCUCCAGCAGCUGGACAAGCGAGUCGGCAAGACUCUGUCGCAUUCGGACGUUGUUUCUGCGAAUUUGACCAGUCUAGAGCAACAGAAGGUCAAAAAAAGAGAAUUGCUCCUUGAGAAGCUAAAUAGGGCCGUGAAAAAUAAGGAGGAGUAUAUCAACCACAAGAAACUGGUUGCCACGUCUACCGUGCGCAGCAUUUGCUCUUCAAAAUCCAGUGACGAUACAGAAAGUCUCGAGAUGUACAUUGCGCAGGAAAAACCGGCACAAGAGUCGGUUUUCGCGUUCCCUGAAACGUUCAAGAUUGUUGACUCAAUGAGUCUGUGGGCCAACCUGCAACGGCUCCCGAUGUUUGCAAACUUCGAAGAGGCUGUUGUAAAGACAGAUAUCGAAAACACCUACAAGUUCAUCAACUCCCGAGAAAUUAUCAAGACCACCGCUCUGCUAUUCGAGGAAAUGAAACUAUUCAACGGAACAUUGGAUAAGUUUCUUCUGGCUAGAUGUUUCCUGUUCGGGUUUUCUGUGUUGGUAGAGAAGACCAAGUUCGAGAAGUUUAAACGGAAACCCAUGUACGACAUCCGGCUGAACACGAAACAGGACUUUUUCUCCAGACUGAUCAAGGACUUCCCAAACCUGAAACAGCACCAUCUAGACGACACCUACUACAACUUCCUCAUAGACGAGCUACACCAGACCACUUUUAGUAUCUGGAAACAGUUCCAGCGGCUGGUGCAUCUGAACGGGUCCGAGUUCGAGAAAUACGCUUUUAAAGAGCAGUACGUUUCCAAAUACUACCCGAUAUUCCAGGUGUUUAAGUUCAACCAUUGGUUCCGGACGCUGGCAAUGCUUUCGGAGAGUAACGACGGACUGACGAAACACCUCAACUUCUUGCGCACCAUGCGUUCCAUCACCCCAGACAACGACGUCUUGGUGAAUGAGUACAAGCACAUGAUCCGAAAGGGUGAGGCGUUCAUCAAGAUCAACAAGGAACGGUUCCGCAAGCUCAAGGCGGACAACCGUGCGGUCGACAUGGCAACCGUGGACCAAUACGAGCAGGAGUAUGUGGCCAAACACAAGGCGACGGUUCUUUCUGGCUCGUUAACGGACGACAACCCGUUGAUUUCUGUUUCGUCCACGAGCAAGUCCAACUUCAAGAGCACAGCAAGCCGGCCGGUGUCGCUGGUUCCGCCAACUUUCUCUGUGGACAACUGGCGAAAAUAUCUGUUCAAAGUGAUGCUGGACUACCGAAGCCGAGACGUUCAUGUGCGUCUCAAAACCGGCAAGGUGUCCAGAUUCUUCCAGGACGCAUCUACAUCGACCAUUUCAGAGCCAGACAGGCUCGGCGAGUACAUCGAGGAAGUCCAGCCAGACAUCGAAGCCAUCCGAACAUGGUUGGGCUUGAAAUCGUACAAUGAGGGCUGCAUAGAAGCGAUCGAACGGCUCUCAUAUGUGGAUACAAUCGAGCUGAUGAUGGUGGACAUUGUCCAGAUGGUUGAGAGGUGUCUUUAUGCGAUGUUCAUUGUGAUGGAAGACUCGUCCAAAACGGUGAAUCUUGUUUUCCCAGACAAUGCCACGCAUCGCAGAGAGAAUUCCAAUGUGAUUUCGUUCUUGUCGGACUCGGUCUUGGUGCUGAACAAGCUCCAUAACGGGCUGAUCUCGUUGCAGGAGUACUUUGAGAUGAGUCUGACGGUUCUGAGAAGAGAAAUCCCUGAUUUUCUGCGCUACGAAGCAGAAACUCUGCUGACUAUGCUGGGCAGCAUAGACAAGCUUUUUGUGCAGAAAUUCGUGGAAUUCAUCAAAGACUGUAUGAUCUAUGGAAUGAACAAUUGCAUCAAGAACUGUCUCAAGUUCAUUGGUAGCAACAUUGUGGAGUUCGAAAGAGAGGUGUUCGAGUGCAACUAUCCUUCAGCCAAGGUGUCUUUGAACCUGCGCUACCCAAAUCUAUACAAGUUGAUGCAGAUGCAUAAAGAACUCAUCAUGCAGCCAGACGACGGAACCCCGGAAACCAGGUCGUACCUAUUUUUCAAUAGGCUGUUCACUUCCUUUCUAUGCAGCACCAACAGCGCCAAAGUGUACGAAAUGCCCGAGUUUUUGGACACAUUUUCGAUCCAGUUUCUGGAUUUGAACAAUCAAGUACGGUCGCUUAUCACCCUCCAGUCCAUUAGUGUGAUUUUGAUGAGCUCAUUGGCAAAUACGCCAACGGUGCUUCCUCCACAACUGGCAAAUAGCAGCUUUGCGGCAAAAUCACAGCAACAACUAAUCGACUUCCCCAAACUGCUCGCCGACCUGGACAACUUUAUGUUGAGUUAUUUCGACCAGAUCGAAUGCAACCGGUUCAACAAUUUCUUCAAGGAGGAAGUGUACAGAAUUCUAUGCAUGAACGUGGGUGAGCGAUUAAGUUUGAGUGGCUACGAGAAAAAAGCAAUCGACCAGGUGCUGGAACUAAAUUUAGACCAAAAACACAUUGGUGGUCUUAUCGCCCAGAUCGAGAAGGUCAAUAUCGGGUCCACUAAGGUCAACUCCCUAAAGACCAUCUACGUGAACGCGAUGGCAAGCAUUAUUUCAGCCGAGGUUGGCAACCACGGCCGCAUGUACAGAGACGAGAAAUACCUGCGUCAAUCUGCAGGUAUGUUUGCGCGGCUCAGCUCAAGCGAGGUGGAGAAUAAGUUGACAGAGGAGUUGCAGAGGGCUUACAGCAAGUUCUACGGUAUCGAUCUUGUCCAGGACCGGAUCCACGCAAUUGUGAAAAACUACUACCUGCUGUUUGAUCUCUGUGUGGAAGUCCAUCAAGAAACAAUGUGCCAAGUGGUUCGCGAAUUUGAUGAGAUUUGCACGUUCGAACGCACGGCUUUCGGCUAA